AUGUCUUGCCGCCAUCUCAUGCCAGGCUUCUGGGCGGUUGCUUUUCGUCAGCGGCCCGUUGAAAGCGAGUUGAGGUCUGAUGCCGGCUCUCUCCGCCGUCGCUUGACUAGCGUGGAUCUGACAAUGAUAGGAAUCGGUUCCAGCAUUGGUUCAGGCAUCUUCGUGAUUACCGGCGUUGCUGCAAAAUCCACAGGGCCUGCAGUGUGCUUUUCGUUCCUCAUCGCUGCAGUCAGUUGCAUCUUCAGUGCCUUGUGUUAUGCAGAGCUGGCUGCACGCAUACCUGUGUCGGGCUCUGUUUACCUCUAUGCGUACGUUGCGUUUGGUGAGUUCUUGGCCGUGCUCUUUGGUUUGAAUGUGCUGGUCGAUUACCAUGUUGGUGCGGCGAUCAGCGUGUCUUCUUGUGCUUCUUACCUUCGCAAGACGCUUCUGCUGAUGUUCCCGGCCAUGUGGCUGCCAGACACACAGGUGCUUUCACUUGUUCUGGUGGCGGUCCUGACAGGCAUCUUAUCGGUUGGCGUAGAAAGCGGGUUGAAGCGGGUGAAUGGCUUGCUGGUGUUUAGUAAGAUGGUCAUUGUGUUGCUGAUCAUCGGCAUUGGCUCGACCAAGGUGCGAGCAGACAAUCUGAGCCCGUUCUUCCCGUGUGGGUUCGGGCCGGUGGCCAGCAUGUCUGCGACAUGCUCAUUCUCCUUCAUAGGAUUUGGAACUGUAACAAAUGCUGCCGAAGAGUGCCAAAAUCCUCAGCGAGAUCUUCCGAUUGGCAUUACAGCUUCCCUGCUCAUCUGUGCGAUCCUGUACAUCUUCUUCUCGCUAGUGCUGGUGGGCAUCAUUCCUUACACAGAAAUAGAUGAGGCGGCGCCGGUGGAAGCAGCCUUCAGCCCACAGUAUGCCAACAUCCCUUGGGUGUCCAUGCUUGUCAACUGGGGCGCAGUCAUCGGCUUGUUCACAACACUGGUGACGGGAUUGUAUUCACAGGCUCGCAUGUAUCUUGCUAUGGCACGAGAUGGUCUUUUCUUCUCGCCUUUCGGUCGAGUGUCGACUCUUGGGACCCCUAUCAAUUCUCAAGUCCUCUGUGGAGUCAUAGCAGCACUGCUGGCAGUGUUCCUCCCCGUGGAAAGACUGGUCCUUUUCCUAAACAUCGGCGUGUUGUUCUCGUAUACAAUCGUUUGUGCUGGGGUACUCGUGCUUCGCGCGGAUGCCCCGGAGAAAGCCGCCCGGUGGGCCGCUAUGAUGACCUGCGCCGCUAUUGUGGCAUCUGCGAGCUCCACCUUCAUUUCGCAGAGUCGGUGGGCUCUCAUCAGCACCUCCGUCUUCGCAAGCGCAGUGGCUUUGUGUUGGAUUCCGUUUUUCCAGCGGAGCUAUUCCAGACCAGAAACAUUUGCUUGUCCUGGCUGCCCUUGGGUGCCUCUGCUUGGACUGACAAUCAACGGCUACAUGCUUUCGCAGUGCCACUGGCAAGCGUGGCUUCGGCUACUUGCCACGACUUUCCUGAUCCUGGCAGCCUACCUGUUCCGAGUCCGAGCAUUGUAUUCAGGAGGCAGCGACAGCCGCGAGUUGACUGUAUCGCUGCCCACGGUUAAUGAUGACGGUGAUUGCAUCGAUACUACUGCUCGAUGA